UACUUUACCUUACCUAUCUCGCUGACGUCAGAUCCCACCGUUAGAGCUUACACUUGUAACGCCGUUUCCUGCAUUUUCCACAAGCAAGGUAAAAAAAAGCUUUGUGCAGAGAGAGAGAGAAGAAGAAAAAUGGGUUUGCUUACGAACAAGAUUGAGAGAGAAGAGCUAAAGCCAGGAGAUCACAUCUAUACUUACAGAGCAAUCUUCGCUUAUUCUCACCACGGAAUCUUUGUCGGUGGGUCCAAAGUUGUUCAUUUCAGACCUGAACACAACCCCAUGGAUUCAUCAACAUCAUCAAUAUCAUCAUCUUCCUCUGAAGAUAUCUGUUCCAUAUUUCCUGAUUGCGGUUUCAGACAACCGGACAGUGGAGUAGUCCUUUCUUGCUUAGACUGUUUCCUCAAGAACGGCUCACUCUACUGCUUCGAAUAUGGAGUCAGUCCAUCGGUUUUCCUAACCAAAGUCCGCGGAGGGACUUGCACAACCGCGCAAUCUGAUACAACUGAUUCAGUCAUCCACAGGGCAAUGUACCUUCUCCAAAACGGAUUUGGCAACUACGACAUUUUCAAGAACAACUGUGAGGAUUUCGCGCUCUAUUGCAAGACCGGUUUGCUUAUAAUGGAUAAGCUCGGUGUAGGGAGAAGCGGUCAAGCUUCUUCAAUUGUUGGUGCUCCUUUGGCUGCACUCCUCUCUUCUCCUUUCAAAUUGCUUAUUCCAAGUCCCAUUGGUGUGGCAACAGUUACUGCUGGUAUGUACUGUAUGAGUCGCUAUGCUACCGAUAUUGGUGUUAGAAGCGACGUCAUUAAGGUCUCAGUUGAGGAUUUGGCUCUCAACCUUGACGUAAAGACCAUUGAGCAAGGUGAAGAAGAAGAAGAAGACGAAGAAGAAGAUUCUGAUACCGACUAUGUUAGGUGACAAACAGAUACCUAUCACCUUUGUUCACGAAUUUCGAUAUACAUAAGAAAACAUUUCAGUUAGAAUCCUCAUGUUGGUUUUAUGUUCCCUUUAUUGCAUUUGUUGGCCUAUUUUCUGUCUGUACAAAAUGAAAACGCAGACGUUUUGGUUUGGGUAAUGUCAAAA